AUGGAGAUUGUACUAUCCCAGCGGGACCGCACCCCCCGGGCUGUGCUUCAAGAGCAGGACCCGAACCCUGGGUUUGGUAUGACGGUGGAGGAGACUCCUCCAGGCAACCAAGUUACCAAGCCCCAGGGAAGAAGGCAGAAGCCCAGUUAUCAAAUCUCGACAGCCCAAGUCACAUCCAAGGAACAUCUGCUGGGGAAGCCAGUCAAUAUUGUGGAGAAGUUCAAAGAAUGCAGACCAUUAGUGGUGUCAGCUUUACAACCAGGAGGAAAAAGGACCGGCCCGGCUGAGAUGGAGGCGCUGCCCAAGCUUCGGGAAGACUUCCAGAUGCAGAAUAAAUCCGCCUUUAUUUUGGGCGCCAGCGGGGAAACCGGCAGAGUGCUCUUAAAAAAAAUGCUGGAACAGAGACUGUUUUCCAAAGUCACAGUCAUUGGCCGGAGGAAGCUGACCUUUGAUGACGAAGCUUAUAAAAAUGUGAUACAAGAAGUGGUGGACUUUGAAAAGCUGGAUGAUUACGCUUCUGCCUUCCAAGGUCAUGAUGUUGGAUUCUGUUGCCUGGGUACCACCAGAAAAAAAGCUGGGGCGGAGGGAUUUGUUCGUGUUGAUCGAGAUUAUGUCCUGAAAUCUGCAGAGCUGGCAAAAGCUGGAGGGUGCAAACAUUUCAACUUGCUGUCCUCUAAAGGAGCUGAUAAGUCGAGCAGUUUUUUAUAUCUGCAAGUUAAGGGAGAAGUGGAAGAGAGGGUGGAAGAAUUAAACUUUGAUCGUUACUCCAUAUUUAGGCCUGGAGUUCUGUUAUGUGAUAGACAAGAAGCUCGCCCAGGUGAAUGGUUGAUUAGGAAGUUCUUUGGCUCCUUACCAGAGUCUUGGGCCAGUGGGCAUUCUGUACCAGUGGUGACCGUGGUUGCAGCGAUGUUGAACAACGCAGUGAGACCCAGUGACAAGAAGAAGGAAGUGCUGGAUAACAACGCCAUCCAUGAGCUGGGGAAAGCCAAUGGCUCUCUUAAGCCAUGAUCACACCUGAGAAGUGCUUUUUUAUAAAACUCGGCACCCACCACCUAAUCGCUAAUUUAAAGGUCUAAAAAAAGUGCGCUUUAAUUAUGGUUUCACUAUUUUCAGCCAACCAGGUCCAAUUAAAAAUGACUGUGCUCGGCACCAGCAGUUUAGAACAACAUGAGUUUGAACUUAGCAGUUUCAUUUAUACGUGGCUUUUUUCCAAUAAAUACUGUAAAUGUA